AUGGCUUCAUCAAACGAUAUAUUUCGCAAGGUCGAGUGGAAUGGGAAGCAAGUCCCAGUCUACCCCAUGGAGACUAUCGACUUCUCUGCACUCCUAUCUCAGGAGCCCGCGGAACUCGAGAAGCUCCUACAAUGCUGCAAAGACGAAGGUUUCUUCUACCUGGACCUCAACAAUGUUGACGGACGCCGAUUUCUUGAUGACCACCAGGGGCUUCUGAAGCUCAUGCACAGGUUCUUCGAAGCUCCGAUUGAGGUGAAGAACGAGUAUGGACUUAUCUCUCCUCAUCUCGGUUACGAGCCCGUCGGUUCCCGCAACGGCGUCCUCGAAGACACACGCGACGGCUACGAAAUGGUCAAAAUCUCUCGCGAUGAGAUCCAACGCGAAUCUCCCCACAUCCCACGCAACAUCAAGAACAGCGCCGACCUAAAGACCCUCGAGAGCGCCAUCUCCGCCAACAACAUUAUCGGUAAAGUCAUCCUGGCCGCUCUCUCCACCGCGUCCAGUCUCACAGGCUCAUCCCGCUUCGAGAAUCUGCACCGCAACCACCGUCCCUCGACCAGCACUCUAGCCAUGAUGCACUACAUCCCAUCCGACCCCUCCAAAGACGGCAAUGUCGGCCACCAAAAGCACACAGACAUAAGCUCCCUCACCGUCCUCUUCACCGAACAAUGGGGUCUCCAAAUCCGACCACCAGGCACCAAAGAAUUCGGCUUCGUAGAGCCCAAACAGGGCCAAGCUAUCAUCAACGUAGGCGACUCCCUACGCUUCGCCAGCGGUCACGAAUUUCAAUCGUGUAUCCACCGCGUUGUACCGUACAAUUAUAGUGAGCAUAGGUACUCUGUUGCGUACUUUCUGCGGGCCGAGGACGAGACUAUGUUUCGGGAUAGUGAGGGGAGGUAUGUUACGUCGCGCCAGUGGCAUGACGAGAAGUUCUUGGCGUUUUUGGGGUCGCCGGCUGAGCAGGCGGCUGCGCCGAGGUCGUUGUUGCUUGGGGGGAUGCAUGAGGGUGAGGGGGAUGUUUAUGUGGCGCAGAGGGAGGUGGGUGUCGUUGAGGGUGGGGUCAAGGAUGCUGUUGAAGUGUCUGCUGUUGAGGUGAGCGCUUAG